CCCCAUAUUGCCACGCCCCAUUUGUGUUACGCAGGUUCUAGGGUUUCUACUGCUUCUAUUGGCGCUCGGGUUUUCCAGGGUUCUCGAAUUCGUGGGCGGCCAUUUUCUUGGCUAAUGUUAUGCGAUUCUGCACUCUCAAUUCGAUUUCCGCAGGUUUCGAGAUUGAGAGGAAACCUGCUGACUCUGUGCCCGCCACUGCUGAUCACUCCUUUUUGGUGAUGGAGAAUCUGCAAGAAGGAGCUAGGGUUAGCGAUGGUGGCUACAGCGGUGUUUCCUCUGAAACUAGGGUUUCUUAUAGGGUCGAUCUGGCAGGUAAGAUGCCAGAUCUAGAAAAUAGGAUUUCUGGGAAAGGCGAGCAGAUGGGUUCUGGAUCUCUAGAGGAGGAGCUGAUGAUGAAGAUCGAUGGUGGUGACGAGGAUAUCGUUUAUAUGGAUGAAGAGAAUAGGGUUUCUUUUUUGGAGUCAAGUGGCUGGAUGCAUGUUUUUAGAAUAGGUGACAUGGUUUGGGGCAAGGUGAAGUCCCACCCAUGGUGGCCGGGCCACAUAUUCAAUGAAGCCUUUGCCUCACCUGCUGUGCGAAGGAUGGGAAGGGAUGGACUUGUCUUGGUUGCUUUCUUUGGUGACAGUAGUUAUGGAUGGUUUGAUCCAGCGGAGCUGAUACCCUUUGAGCCCCACUUUUCUGAAAAAUCAAGACAAACAACCUCUCGGAGCUUUGUUAAGGCUGUGGAAGAGGCAGUGGAUGAGGUUAGUCGGAGAGGUGCGCUUGCUGUGGCUUGCUGUUGUCGCAACCAGAAAAAUUUUCGUCCAACUGCUGUUGCUGGCUAUUUUUCUGUUGAUGUUCUGGGCUAUGAACCAGGCGGUAUCUACUCCUCAAGACAAAUCAAGAAGUCUAGGGAUAGCUUAGUUCCUGUCGAGCUGCUCUCCUUCGUGCAACAGUUGGCGUUAACUGCUUGUAGACGUGAUGACGACAGCAUUGAGUGGAUUCAGACAAUAGCGAAGUUGCUGGCGUACCGGAAGGCAGUUUUUGAGGAGUUUGAUGAGACGUAUGCUCAAGCAUUUGGUGUGGAUCCUGUGCGCCCUUCUUCCAAAAGUAUGAGUGCUUUUGACCAGACUGAUAGAUUUGCACCUCGAGGGGCUCCGCUUAGUGGCCCGCUGGUGGUUGCAGAGACGUUGGCGGAGCGGAGAAGUUCGGCGAGGCAGGCCUCUCAGAAGCCAACGAAUAUUGGCAAGAAGAAUAAGUACGUGCUCAAGAGGAGGGACGAGCUACCCGCCGCCUCCGCCUUCCCAAGCAGCUCCUUCCCGGACAUUUCUUCCGCAUCCCAACCACACCAUCAUGGCUUGUUACCUUCCUUGCCGUAUUCCGCCGAUCCGGCCGCCUCCUUCAUGGACUCCAACUAUGUGCUGCAUAAGAGAGAGAAGCUGUCUCCGCCGUCUGAUGUGGUCACUAGUCUGCAGUCGACAACGGAGGCGUCCCUCCCACAGGACUUCACGCAGAAAUCAGAAACUGUUGAAGUUAAGAACGAGGCGGGAUCGUCCGAGUCCAUGGUGCAUGAUAUUCACUUGGAGAGUUCUCAGGAGUGCGCCGAUAUGGAGUACCAGAAGCCCCCUCUGCAGGUGCGUGAUGAUGGCAUUGCUGUUGUGAAGGAGAAGGUGCCCAAGCGGCCACGAGAGGACUUCAAUCAGAGAGGAGAGGCUAAGAAGAGAAAGAAAAAGAAGAAGGCUGGUCUUGGCGCCGACCGAUUUCCAGCUUCCUUUGAGGGAGAUCAACGCAGGUUACUAGCAAGCAGGUCGUUAGGACUCGACGAGCUUCUUCCCCAGGAAGAUGGAAUCGAUAUGGAACUCCCUUCUGGGCUGGAGUUAAGUUCUCUGCAGCUCCCCGAUCUUCUCAGCGAUCUCUCGUCCGUCGCUCUUGAUCCCUUCUAUGCCAUCGAGCGUGAUGCUCCCGCCAUUGUUCUCCAUGUGUUUCUCCGGUUCCGCUCGCUGGUAUAUCAGAAGAGCCUCAUCCUUCCUCCUUCCAUCGAAACAGCUGCUCCUGCUCAACCAUUUUCAGCAGACAUCGGGGCAGCAAUAGGCGGAGAGGGGAGGAAGCUUAGAGAAUCAUUUUCCUCAUGGAAGCCACCAAAAGCAGCUUCAAGAUUAGGGGACUCGACCAAAGCAGUCCGUAAACGUGAUCCCUCUGAUCGUCAGGAGGAGUUGUCGAUGAAGAAGAUGAAAAAGAUGAACGACCUCAAACAACUCGCAAGCAAGAAGAAGAAGGUUGCCAUGAGCCAAAAGAACAACGAACUUCAACAGUCGACGGAUCCGAAGGACAGCACCUCGUCGGCAACUGCAACCGAAGCUUCCAAGAAGCAAGAGCCGCCUCCAGCUCCAAAGCCUCCAAGCCCAACAUUUCUUGUGAUGAAGUUCCCGCCAAGAUCGACGCUUCCUUCACCGACAAAUCUGAAGGCCAGAUUCGCUCGUUUUGGACCUCUUGACCUUUCAGGCACCCGUAUAUCUUGGAAAGCCUAUACCUGCAAGGUCCUUUUCAAGCACAAAUCCAAUGCGCAAUCAGCCUUCAACUUUGUCCAGAACAAUGACCUCUUUGGGCAGGUCAAGGUCAGUUACUGUCUUCGAGAUCUCGAGGUUUCUGGCCCAGACCAGCCUCUUGAUACUCAAAACAAACCCUCUGAUUCUUCCCGUCUUGACAAAGACUCUCUCCAAUACCUCCAUGGAAGUGCCAAUAUUCAAAAACCUUCAUUUUCGCAAGUGCUACAGAGCCAGACUCAGCUGAAAUCCAUUCUGAAGAAGCCUGUUGUUGAUGAGUCGGGCUCUAGUUCUGCUACUGCAACCAGUAACAUUACCAAGGAGAGCCCAAGGGUGAAGUUCAUGCUUAACGGCAACGAAGAUCGCAUCAUCGAACCACCACCACCACCACCAACAAAGCUCAUCACGAGUAGCAACGAUGGAGGCGGGCAAGCCCCUUUGCUUUCAUCAGUUGAUCAAAUUACCAGGCAACCUCCAAAAUCUAUAGCUUUCUUCUCAUCGCCUCUACUGCCACAACCCCUUCAACCUCCUUCCCGUGGAUUAGAGAUGCACUCUUCCCGCAUCCCGCCACCAUCUCCAUCAGCCUUACAACAGACAUUGCCUCCACCUCCACAGAUGCUUCCUCCACCACUGCCUAUGCCGCCACCUCGUGGUGUUCAUUUCCAUUCAAGCCGAGGAUUUCUGCCUCCUCCUUUGGCUCCAUUCAAUGAGCCGCCGAGGGAGAGGAUGACCGUCGAUAUCUCAGGUCCAAUGCUGAGCCUUCUGCUCAAAUGCAAUGACAUUGUCAGCAAUUUGAAGUCUUCACUGGGCUACAAUCCUUACCAUUCUAUGUGAACCAGUGUACAUUAGUUAAAUUGCUUUCCCCUUGAUAGGAAUCGUCGGCGGUGACAGUGGCCGUCAAACGAACUUCCGCGCUCCUGCGAGCUUUUGCUGGUAGAAUCAGAUUAGGAUCAUCGUGAUUAAGAAGAUUGUAUUUUAAAAGUGAAAUUGCUCAAGGGGGAUUUUUAAGGAAAAAAUGGAAACGGGUGGUAGGACCUUCCUCCUAUGGUCGGGUUGAGAUCUUUGUGUUUGCUGUUUUGCCACCCGUUUUAUUAAUUGAUGCGCGAAGUUGUUUUGUUUUAUUAGAUGGUCUGAAUGAUCGGAACCGGGUGGACCAUGAUCUCAUUUUUAUCCAUUUUAGGGUUCUUGUUAA